UUAGGAGAAUAUUCAAAUUUAAACAAUGAAUUAGAAAAAAAUAAUAUAACUGAUGAUAAUAGCAGAAACAUAUGUGAUGAUAUAAAUAAUAUACAUAAUGAAAACUGUAAAGAAAAAAAAAGUGAUAAUAAUAAAUUACAGAAUAUGAAAAAAAUAUAUAAUAAUGAAUUAAUUUCUGAUUAUCAAUUAAAGUGGUUAAUUAACUUUGAUGAAGAAAUUAAUGAUGCAUUAAAAGCUGAUUAUAACAAAAAUAUAGAUAUAGAAAAAACAAAAGAAUUUUUUAAUAUACUUAAAAAGAAUUACAUAUUAAAAACUAAUAAUAAUGAAAAUGAAAUAAGAUGUGCCAAAUGUAAAAAGCUUUUCCAUAAUAUAAAAGAUGUCCCUAAUCAUAUUUUUACUAAACAUAAUCAGAUUAAAAUGAAAUUAAUAACUGAAACUGAAGUAGAAAUUAUGAAAAAAAAUUUUUUUGAAGCUCCUCAUAGUUUUCACUUUUUUUAUAUGAUGGAAAAAAAAUAUAAUUCAUAUUCAAGAAAUUAUUUAUCUAAAAAUUUUUAUAAAAGAAAUAAAAAUUAUAAAAAUGAAAAUUUUCAUUUAAUACCGAAAAAUGCAAAAAAUGAUUAUAAAGAUGUUGAUGAACCUAAUUUACCAGUUUUUGAAAACUUGAAAAAUGACAUAAAAAAAAAAAAUGAUUUUUAUGAUGAUACGUAA